UCAGCCCUGCAACGCUCACCGACUCUCCCCAAGGGCUCUUACCAGUUUGACCCCAAUAACUUUGACUCCGUGGAUCCCUUUAAGCCCACCAAGACCCUCGCCAGCUCCACCGCCGACUCCUGCCCCACUGCUGAUAACAGCCUCACUCAGUCGCUGGAGGUGCAGGAUGAUCUCGGGAAAGGCAGAGACUCCCCGAAGAAGCCCAAGUCGCGCCUGAUAACGACUACUGAGCAAGUGAAAUUUCUCUGUUUUCUGUUGAGCGGCUGCAAGGUGAAGCCCUACGAGACGCAGCCCCUGGUCCUGGAUGUUUGUGCCCAGGAUGAAGAAGCAUUGAUCUCGGAAAUGCCAGAUAUUGCAAAUCGGGAUGGACAUGCCACCGAUGAGGAGAAGCUGGCCUCCACCAGCUCCGCACAGAAACCGGCUGGGCUGGAGAAGAAGAGCGAGCCAGAAGAUGACCUGGAGUACUUCGAGUGCUCGAACGUUCCCGUGCCAGCGGUGAAGCACGGCGUGGACACAGGGUUUGAAAAGGAGAUCUCCAAGCAGAUGGAAAAGGAUGGGCCUGGCAUCUUCCCCGGCAAUCCCGGGCUGUGCUCCAUGGACAAGUCCCCUGCAACCAUCACCAGCACAAGCCGGAGCGAGAGUCCCCUGGACGGCAUCUGCCUGAGCGAAGCCGAGAAGGCGGCUGUGCUGACACUCAUCAGGGAGGAGAUAAUCACAAAGGAGAUUGAAGCAAACGAGUGGAAGAAGAAAUAUGAAGAGAGCCGCCAGGAAGUCCUAGAGAUGAGGAAAAUCGUGGCUGAGUAUGAGAAGACCAUUGCCCAGAUGAUAGAGGAUGAGCAGAGGACCAACAUGACAUCUCAGAAGAACCUGCAGCAGCUCACGAUGGAAAAGGAGCAGGCUUUGGCAGACCUGAACUCAGUGGAGAGGUCCCUGUCCGAUCUCUUCAGGAGAUAUGAAAACCUGAAGGGCGUCCUGGAAGGCUUCAAGAAGAAUGAAGAAGCUCUGAAGAAGUGUGCUCAAGAUUAUUUAAACCGGGUCAAGCAAGAAGAGCAGCGGUAUCAGGCCCUGAAAGUCCACGCAGAAGAAAAAUUAGACAAAGCCAACGAGGAGAUCGCCCAGGUGCGCACCAAGGCCAAAGCGGAGAGCGCGGCACUGCACGCCGGGCUGCGCAAGGAGCAGAUGAAGGUGGAGUCCCUGGAGAGAGCCCUCCAGCAGAAGAACCAGGAGAUUGAGGAGCUGACCAAGAUCUGUGACGAGCUGAUAGCGAAGCUGGGAAAGACAGACUGA